UGAAACCCUAGGCACGACAAUCGCCGCCGUCUCUAGAAACGUCCAUCUACUUCGGCUUUGUUUAACAGAUUUGAUGAAACCAGAUCGGGUCUACCUCUAGAUCCGUUCUAGGUUUUUGAUUUUCACCGUCUUAUCAUCAUUAUCAUCAUCAAUCCAGAUGCUCACCAAAUUCGUCAUUCAUAGACAUGUCUCUGUUUCUGAAAGACGAUUCGAUUCAAAUUCGCGAAGUAUGGAACGAUAACCUUGAAGAAGAAAUGGAUCUGAUCCGAGAUGUCGUCGACGAUUUCCCUUACGUCGCCAUGGACACUGAGUUCCCCGGAAUCGUCGUCCGACCUGUCGGAACAUUCAAAUCCAACGCUGAUUACCACUACGAAACCUUGAAGACGAACGUCAACAUCCUCAAGAUGAUCCAGCUUGGCCUCACUUUCUCCAAUGAACAAGGCAACCUCCCAACCUGUGGAACAGACAAGUAUUGCAUCUGGCAAUUCAAUUUCCGAGAAUUCGAUGUCAAUUCUGAUAUCUUCGCUCUCGAUUCCAUCGAGCUUCUCAAACAAUCAGGCAUCGACUUAGUGAAAAACACGCAAGACGGGAUCGACUCCAAGAGAUUCGCAGAGCUCUUAAUGUCAUCAGGGAUUGUGCUGAACGAAAACGUGCAUUGGGUUACAUUUCACAGUGGAUACGAUUUCGGAUACUUGCUAAAGCUCUUGACUUGCCAAAACCUGCCGGAUUCGCAAACAGACUUCUUCAAGCUGAUCAAUGUUUAUUUUCCGACGGUGUAUGACAUUAAACACCUGAUGAAGUUUUGCAACAGCCUUCACGGUGGUCUGAACAAGCUUGCGGAGUUGCUAGAAGUGGAGAGAGUUGGGAUCUGUCACCAAGCUGGUUCGGAUAGUUUACUCACGUCAUGUACUUUCAGAAAGCUCAAGGAGAAUUUCUUCGUUGGUCCGUUGCAGAAAUAUUCUGGUGUUUUGUAUGGAUUAGGGGUUGAAAAUGGUCAGAUCUGUCCUUUGUCAACUAAUCCUAUAAAUCUGGUGAAAACUCUUUGUUACAGCCCACCUGCUAGAAUGGAUAACAGUUCUGAUGAAGAGUCAGAGAUCAGUGAGUCUGAGAUUGAUGUCUAUUAUGUAAAACCUUACGAGCUACUGAAGAAUGGGGAGUACAAGGUUAAGGUGAAGGACACAUUCAGGUGCCCCUUUUGUUCUGGGAAGAAGAAGCAGCAUUACAAGUAUAAGGAGCUACUUGCUCAUGCGUCUGGUGUUGCCAAAGGAUCUUCGAGUAGAAGUGCUAAGCAAAAAGCUAAUCACUUUGCCUUGGCAAAGUACAUGGAGAACGAGCUUGCUGGUGAUGCUGAUGUCCCACGCCCACAAAUUCCCUCUUCCUCAUCGAAGCAGUCUCAAGCAGUUGUGGAUGACAUUUAUGUCUGGCCUUGGAUGGGGAUUGUCAUCGACCCGGUAAGAAGAACUGAUAACAAGAAUUUGCUCCUUGAUUCAGCCUACUGGUUGAAGAAGCUCACCAGAUUCAAUCCUCUUGAGGUGAAAACCCUUUGGCUUGAGCAGGAUUCCGUAGUUGCCGUCAUUCCUCAGUUUAACAGUGGUUGGAGUGGGUUUAAGAGUGCCACAGAGCUUGAGAAGGAAUAUGAGAUUAGGGGCUGCGGCAGAAAGGACUGGAUUGAUAAAAGAGGAGACUGGAGGUCUAAGGCUUAUGGUUGGUGUGCACGUGCAGAUGACUACAACUCUCAAGGGUCGAUAGCAGAGUACCUGUCCAAAGUAGGAAAACUGAGAAGUUUCUCAGAUAUCUCCAAGGAGGAAAUUCAGAAUAAGAAUAUUGUGGUGGAUGAUCUAGCAAAUAAAAUUGCUAUGAAAAAUGAGGAUCUGAACAAGGUGCAGUUCAAGUGCAAUGAGAACGCGAUCUCUCUGCGCAGGGUUCUUAUAGAGAAAGGCGAGCUGGACCGAGUUUAUAAAGAAGAAACAAAAAAAAUGCAGGAGUUUUCGCGGGAGAAUAUCAACAGGAUCUUUAGAGAAAAGGAGAGGCUAACCAAUGAACUGGAGGCUAAGAUGAAUAAUCUGAAGGUUUGGUCCAAACAAUUGGACAAGAAGCAAGCACUAACUGAACUGGAGAGACAAAAGCUUGAUGAAGACAAGAAGAAGAGCGAUGUUAUGAACAGCUCCCUCCAGUUGGCUUCACAAGAGCAGAAAAAUACAGAUGAUCGUGUCCUGAGACUUGUGGAAGAACACAAGAGGAAAAAAGAAGAGACGUUGAACAAGAUCCUUCAGCUUGAGAAGGAGCUAGACAGCAAGCAGAAACUUCAAAUGGAGAUUCAGGAGCUGAAAGGAAAGCUGAAAGUCAUGAAGCAUGAGGAUGAAGAUGACGAGGGCAUCAAGAAGAAAAUGAAGAAGAUGAAGGAACAGCUAGAGGACAAGUGUUCUGAGUUACAAGAUCUAGAGGAAACUAACUCGGCUCUCAUGGUAAAAGAACGUCAAAGCAAUGAUGAGAUACUAGAAGCACGCGAAUUUUUGACGACGGAAUUGAGAGAACUGUUGAGUGAUAGAACCAUCAUCAGAGUAAAGAGGAUAGGAGAACUUGAGGAAAAGCCCUUCAUGACAGCAUGCAAGCAGAGAUUCACAGUUGAAGAAGCUCAGGUGCAGUAUGCCAUGCUUUGCUCGAAAUGGCAGGAAAACCUCAAGGAUCCAGCGUGGCACCCAUUCAAACAUGUUGGGACUGGAGAGAAAAAGAAGGAAGUGGUGGAUGAAGAAGAUGAGCAAAUUAAGAGUCUGAGAGAAGAGUGGGGAGAAGAAGUGAAGAAUGCAGUGAAGACAGCACUGGAGGAGCUUAAUGAGUUUAAUCCUAGUGGCCGGUACUCAGUCCCAGUACUGUGGAAUUCGAAGCAAGGAAGAAAAGCCACACUGAAAGAAGUGAUUGAUUACAUGACGCAGCAGAUCAAAACUCUCAAACGCAAACGACCCUAAAAGGUAAUCACUAUUUUGUUCCUUAAGUUAGUACUUUGUAGUAUUGUCUUCUCAUUGAUCUUGGUACACAAAGAAUCUUAGGCUUGACAUAGAUUUGCUUAUGCAUUAGUAAAGUCUACAGAGUCGUUUUGUGUCAUAACUUGCAAAUAAAAUUCUUUUUGUUUU